GAAUUAACUUUAAGAAUGUAAGACAACUUGGUCAUACAAGGGGUUGCCACUCUUGCUGCUAAGAACAAGAAAGAUAACUCCAAACAAAAAAAUGACAAGAGAUCAAAGGACAGAUAUGAUUGGGAAAAUCAACUCCACGCCCCACACCGCCCUAACCUGUAAACAAUGGCUCGUACCCAAAGCUCGCCUUCCUCUAUUUAAUAGGAUCGACAAAUGAAUACUACUGUUACUCUAUAAGAAAGUGCUUGUGAAUAUGUGUGCAUAGGCGUGCACGCGAUUGAUCACCUCUGAUCGCGUGUUUUGUGAGUGGACGUCUCAAUGAAAACAGAAGCCCGCUGCACUUCCAGCAGAUCAAAGAGAAGUUUCUAUUAUCGUAUCAGCACAGCUUUCGAGCAAGGUGUCGUCUGGUAUGCUAGCCACGACAUUAUACGGGUAAAAAAUAAAAAAGAUUGCCAGCAUUACAGAAUGGAGACCCAUAAUGUGGAUGAAUUGGUGUCUGAAUUUAUCAAUAUUGAUGGUGUGGAGACACAUCUUCUGAAAGUUGGUCACUUUUCCAGUGAGAAUGAGGGAAAAGAGACUACCCCAAGAUCAUUAUUCUUAUAAUUCCUGGUAAUCCUGGCAUACCUGAAUACUAUAUGCAAUUCAUGCUCUCACUCUGGGAAAAAAACAAGAAAAACAUUCCUGUGUGGUGUGUGGGACAAGCAGGACAUGUGGCAGGUCCAAAGACAUCAUCUCUUAGCUGGACUGACAUUUUUAAAGGUACAGAACCAGAUCCAGCUUACUCAUUAAGUGGGCAGAUAUGGCACAAAGUCAAGUUCAUAAUGAACAUCAUUCCUAAAGACACAAGACUAGUCCUGAUUGGUCACUCUAUUGGCUGCUACAUGAUUUUGAACUUGCUCUCUCACAUUCCCAAGGACCAAGUACUUCGAUGUUUUAUGCUAUUCCCUACCAUAGAAAAAAUGCAGCAAUCCCCAAAUGGGAGAGUCUUUAAACCUCUCUUGAACUACUUUCGCUGGGGAAUUCUCACUGCAGUGAAAUUGCUGUCUUUCUUAAGCCCCCAAAUUCAGCGGAGGUUGAUUCAGUACCAUCUAAGAUCUUUUCAACACGCCAGAAUGUUCUAUAACGCUUCAAUGAGUCUUUUUAACCCUGUGUGUGUUGAUCAUGCCACUUAUAUGGCAAAGCAAGAACUAUUUGUGGUGGAUCAGCUUCAGGUGGAUCUGUUGAAGCAGCAUAUUGAUAAAAUGAGCUUCUAUUUUGGAUCAGUUGAGUGGUGUCCAAAAGAAUACUGCUUUGCUUUGCAAGAGAAAUUUCCUGAUGCUGACAUUCGCCUUUGCCAGAUGGAUUUUAGUCAUGCUUUUGUGUUAGAUGCUGGGAAGGAAAUGGCAGACAUAGUAUGGGAAUGGGCAAAAGGACAUUUUUAGGAUUUUAGUUAUACACUUGUACACAUGCUUACAUGCAUAUGAAUAUUUAAGAAAAAAGCAAAUUUAUGUAAAGCUAAAUGUGUGCAAUAAUAUGAAACUAGCAUCACGUAGCUGAUGGCUAUGCUUACUGAACCUCACAGAUAGUCUGGAUGUUGAACUUUUGACUUCACUGAUUUUCCUUCUCUUUGAUCUUUUUAUCUUCAAUUUCACCACUGUGGUUUUAUGUUUUUUCCUCCUCACUUCCUCAUCCAUAUCUUCCUCAUGCAUAUGUACAUGGCUACAUCACUUGAAACAAAAUGCAUGGGUGGUAAAUAUCUCAAGAUGUCAGAGAUAUGGGUGGAUGCUCAUGUUGAAAUUUGAUACAUUGGUGAUAGCCUAAUAUUACGGAUAAAUGUGUCCAUGCAUGCACGCCUGGCACUAACUGAUCUUAGUUUGCCUGGUUUUUUUUCCCUGUCCUAUCAAAGGAUCUUUGUUCAGAGAUAUGGGUGGAUGCUCAUGUUGAAAUGUGAUACAUCAGUAAAAGCCUAAUUAUAUUACGGAUAAAUGUGUUCAUGCAUGCACGCCUGGCACUAACUGAUCUUAGUUUGCCUGUAUUUUUUUUCCCUGUCCUAUGAAAGGAUCUUUGUUCACCAGAUCAAAGUUAAGUCAAGUACUUUCUCCAAACAUGCAUAGACAUCCUAAUGCAAAUGUUGUUUUCGUAUUAAAGUGAUCAUGCAAAUCAAAAAGAAAAGGACAAAAAUGUUGAGAUUUGAGCAAAAAUAUAAUGUUUUUAAAGAACACAAAUAUCUUAAAAGGUACAUAAUCAUAAAAUGUACUUAAUACAUAUUUAGCAUUUUAAAUAAUUAAUGUAUUUGCAAAUAUUUUAUGCUUAAGUCAUUAACCAUAGCCUUAAGUGAUACAAUGAUGCAAAGGCUGUAAGAAAUAUUCAUGGUAAUAAAAGUUUUUGAAACUUUAUUUGUAGGUUUAUAUUUUCAAGCCUUGUGUGUUUUAAUGAGCAGAGCUGCA